UGAUUCGAAAUAACUUGGCAAUCAUUUUUGAUGGAUUAUAUUUUUUGGAACGAUAGCGCGUUGAUCUUAAAGAAAAUCAAAGCCGUGAAAAACCCGUGAAUUCAGAGCGAAGUCAUUGACAUAUAACGUGACGUUUAGUAAUUGGCUGGCUCAGCUACCAAUUUUGAUAACCGUAAGAGUUUAAAAUAAACUUGGUAACAUGCAGAUACUCACUUCAGACACAUCGCACGACUAUACAACAUCCAAAUAAAGGAAUUCAGUAGUCUGGGACCGAAUUCAGAAAUACAGAUAAAACUAACAGACAUAAUAAAUAUUGGCAACUAGUGGGUAGUAUAAAAGGUAUCUGCCAGACAGAGGGAACACUAUUCGACGUUUAGACAAUCAUGAGUGACAGUAAAAGAGUGGCAAUCAUCGGUGCAGGGGCAAGCGGACUUGCAGCGAUAAAGGCCUGCUUGGAUGAAGGACUCAAACCAGUAUGUUUCGAAAGGGAUGGAAGCAUUGGGGGACUAUGGAACUACACAAGCGAAACCACGCCAGACCACGCGAGUGUUUACAAAUCUUGUACGAUCAAUACAAGUAAAGAAAUGAUGGCUUUUAGUGACUUUCCCGUCCCAGCUUACUUCCCGGCAAACAUGCCCCAUAAUUAUGUCUUAGAAUAUUUCAAAAUGUACGCGGAAAAGUUCCAGCUCUUGCCGUAUAUCAACUUUAAUCGCACCGUUGAUUCCGUGCGUCCCGCUGACGAUUUCAAAGCAACUGGUCGCUGGAAGGUAACAACACGGAAUUCAGACGCGGCGGAGUUCGAAUCCAAGACGGAGGAAUAUGACGGAGUGAUGGUUUGCAGUGGACACCAUUGUAUACCCCAUCGACCGCAUUUCCCAGGGAUCGGGCGGUUUCGAGGACACGUUAUCCAUUCCCAACAAUACAAAACACCAGAUAUCUUUACCGACAAAAAAGUUCUAAUUAUAGGAAUGGGUAAUUCGGCAGUUGAUAUUGCCGUUGAUGCAAGUCACGUGGCCGACGAGACUUACGUCAGCACGAGACGCGGGGCUUGGGUAAUUAGUAGGAUGGGUCCACUUGGGUAUCCCGCAGACAUGUUGGCUAACAGCAGGGCGAUGUUCUCAAUGCCAAUGCAGUCACUAGAAUGGAUGGUAGAAAAGAUGGCGCAGUUUAAAUUCAGUCAUGAGAUGUACGGUGUGAAACCAAAUCACGGAGCCCUCCAAGCGCAUCCGACAAUAAACGACGAGCUCCCACACCGGAUAGUGUCCGGAAAAGUCCGAAUCAGGCCGAACAUAGACCACUUUACCGAGAACAGUGUCGUUUUUGAAGAUGGCACUGAGAUCGAGGCUGAUGUUGUUGUCAUGGCAACUGGGUAUCACUACGAAUUUCGAUUUAUUGAUGAAAAAGUUUUGAAGGUCGAAAGAAAUGAAACAUCUCUUUAUAAAUACGUCUUCCCACCACAUCUGAAACAUCCAACGUUAGGGAUCAUUGGAUUGGUGCAGGCUAUAGGGGCAGCUAUGCCAAUCGCAGAGAUACAAUCUAGAUGGGUGACGCGAAUUAUAAAAGGAGAUAAUAGUUUACCUAGUAUGGAAGUCAUGUUCCACGAUAUAGUGAGGAAGAAGCGUUCGAUGUCCUCUCAGUACACCCCUUCACAGAGGCACACUCUCCAAACUUUUUGGAUUAAAUACAUGGAUGAGAUCGCAAACGAGAUUGGAUGUAAACCCGACCUCAAAAGGAUGUUUCUAGAAGAUCCGAUGUUUGCGUUUCGGUGCUGGGCGGGUCCUUGCGUCCCUGCGCAAUACCGGCUCUGUGGACCCGGGGCCAAAUUCGAGACUGCAAAAGAAACGGUUAUGAACGCUUUUCAAAAUAUACGUGACAGUUUCAACACACGGCAAAAACCCAUACCGAUUGCCAAAACCCAGAUGUCAUUUGUCAAACGUGACUUUACGAAAAUCACUCCGCCGCUGUUUAAACAAAUGGUUUUACCCCCUGCAUUUAGAGGAAAAACAACGGAAGAGCGACAAUGUAGAGAUUUAAUGAAAUUGAUUCGUGCUUCAAAGAUGGCUACAGCUAUGGAACUUGAAACGUACUCUACACUAGAGCAGCAACAUAUGGACACUAGGCAUGAAACUCUAAUCAGAAAACAAUGCCGCCAAUUUGAAAACAGUCCCUUAGUUUCGACCAAGAAGAGUGAUAGUGCAACUAGUUACGUUCUGCUUUUAGCUUGCUUAACAAGUAUUUUCGUCAGUGCUCUCUUCAACUUGUUAUUUCGAUUUUAGUAACAUAGAAUAGAUCAACACGUGAUUGUCUCUGUAUGAAAUUAUGUAGUUCCGCAUUGAAGUGUCCUGGAAAUGGUGCCAAAUAUUUCAUAGCCACACUGGCCAAAAAUGAUUAAAUUCUGGAUUUAUUUUCAGACAAAGGCUUGACAAUUUUCCAAAUCUAUCCCUCGUCCAGUUUGCGCCAACACUGUUACGAAUAAGCUCACAUGUCCCAUUAGUUGGUACCAAGAAUCAAGCGAAAUCUUAAUCCCUCCUUGAUCCUCUAUAUGCUUUUUAGCUUUGUAUGAACCUAGAAAGAUAGCGUUUCUGUGACUAGCUUUUUAACCCCAAAUUAUUCCAAACUAAAAUUAACUUUGUAAUAGGGAGUACUUUGAUAUGAUCCCUUGCAUAUGCUCAAUCUUGUUCUUUGUUGCCAAAUAUGGCUAGAGAUUGUAUAAUAAAACUGCGCAUGCGUCAUUCGUGUGGCAUUGACAAUGAAACCACUGUCAAUGCCAGUCUUCGUUACGAACCGAAGGACACGGUCAAUGUCAAAAAUGAGUGUAUAUAAUUAAAUUAUAGCACCACACUAGCUAACAGCCCAUAAAUGUUUGAUUAAUAUAAGCGUGUCUCGUCAAAUCAUAAACCAGACGUUAAAUCUAAUUUUGUAUUAUUUAUUCAAUAUAAUUGGAUCAUCUUUCGUACAUAUCUGUUUGAAGUCACGUUGUUUGCCAUGCAUGUUAACUGGACACUAAAAUAUAUUAGAUCAGAGGAUGAUUUAAUAUCAGUGAGAUCAGUACAGGGGAUCUAAAUUUUACCUGUGCAAACUG